GUUCAUCUGUCUGAGCAUCUUUACAAGUUUCAGUAACACUUAAGUGCAACGAAACCUUAAGAACAACCAAAACACUAUGGCAACAUCAGAUGGGUUUCCAGCCAGUUUCUAUGGUGAGCCAGGAGUGCUGGGCAUGUUAUCCAAUGGGAUCAGUGCAUUCCUUGUACUUCUGCAGAACUUCAAUACAGCGCGUACUGGCAUUGCACCAGUAGGAGUGGAGAACAUCCUUGCAGGUGUCCAUCUGAUCCUAAUUGGUGGUAUAUGCCAACUGGUGGCCGGACUGCUUUCCUUCAGAAAAUAUGAUCAUCUGAGUGGCACUGCCUUCAUUGGCUAUGCUGCUCUUUGGGGCAGUUAUGGUGCCACCCGAAUCUACUUUGGUGCCUUAGAUGAAACUCAAACCCCAGCUCUGAUACCACAUCUAAUGAUAAACAAUAUGUCCCUGUCCACUAAUGUGACGAACAACACAUAUCUAUUUCUGUCCAUAAAAGAGUCAGCAAUCGCUGGUCUGGUCCCCUAUAUCCUUCUGUCCUUCCUCCUAGCCUUCUGCUCCGCUACAGUCAACUACAUCAUGCCUUUUGUUUUUGGGGCCAUCACAGCCACCUUAAUUUUUGAAGCAGUAGGUCUGGUGGCGAGCUCUUGGGCUCUUGUGGUCUCUGGGGUCCUCGAGUUGCUCAUUCUAAUUUUUGCCAUUUACGGUUCAGCUGCGCUGCUCCUCAAAGGUCUGACUCAGCGUCUGGUCCUCAAAGGCUUUGGUACCCCUCUCUUUAACGUUCUCCUGCUAGGGACUGCCAACUCAGCAAGUGCCCAGAGCAUUGGACAAGAGAAAAAGAAAAACACAAAAUACGCAGAGCCCAUGGCCUUGGGUUUCUUCUGUGACACUGUUGCCCCCUUCAUCUUCGCUUUCUACAGCUUUGGGUAUGUUAAGUCCUUUGGCCUAGGUGCUGCAUGGGUCUCAAUCAUCUCAGUCGCUCAGCUGUUCUCAAGUUACUAUGCCCAUCUGCGCCAAGAUUGCUAUCACACCACCAAGUUUGGUCUUCAUGCUACAUAUUGGCUGAUCAAAGCGUGGGAUGAGUUUGUGGUAUCUGCUCUGAUUGUAGAGGACAGUAAAGUGGUCUCAGGGAGGGAAUCAAUGGUGGGGGACUGGUUCUUUGUGGUAGCAGGCUUGUUGCUCUGCGUGGGAAGCCUGAACAUGGAUGUCCUGGAACUGAUCCACAACAUGCUCUUUGUCCUGCUCACUGUCUCAACAAUCCCUCAGAUCCCUCUCCAGGGUUACUACAUCUUCUUUGGUGUAGCUUGCUCCCUGUUCACUGCAGCCUCCCUUUAUGGUACUUUCUCACGUCUCAUCAACACAAUAGCAGAGAAGUCUCUCAUCCCUGUUGGCUCUCAGCCCGUCUCCACUGAACAGCUACAGAGAGCCUUCAAGUGCAGCAGAUCUAAUCAGGGAGACCAGAGGGUGCAUCAGGCUUCAGACGCCCUGUUCUACCUUUCAAAUGGAGUUGCAGCUCUCUCUGCCCUGCAUACACGCGUGUCAAGCUCAAACCCCACCUUCCUCAAUCUGACAGUCCCUUGGGUCCUCAUCUCUGGAGCCAUCAUCCAGGUUUAUGUCAGCCGGCUGCAAGUUACUGGAGGUGGCCAUUUUGGAUCCGUCAUCUCGGCCCUCUAUGUAGCAGUGUGGGCAACCUGGACCUGGUUUAGGUUUGCAGGUAACCUGCUGCAGCUUUCUACAGAAGCCUCCUAUGGUUUUACAGCAGGAGCCAUUGCUUUCCUGGUCAUUAAUGUCUUCCUCAUGCUCAUAGCUGCAUACAGGAAUCUAGUUUUGCUGUUUCUAACAACAGUCAUGGAGGUUGUUCUGGUCUGCUUCCUGCUGUCCACCUUGCAGCGACUGCCGUACGAACUAGAAAUGGCCAUGCUUGCUCUGCUUUCAAUAAUUUGUGUAUAUGGAGCUCUGGCAUCACUGGUCAACUGCAUCUUCUCACAGAGACUUCUACCUAUGGGACCUUCCUUAUUAAAGGAGAAAGUGAAGCAGGAAACCUCUCCAGAGCUGUCCUGUCCUGUCGCUGAUUCACGACUCACCAGUGGUCUCCUGAAGAUCGCUGGUCUUCUGGAGAAAGGUGGAGUAUGUGGUAUCCCCACAGACACAGUCUAUGCCCUGGCCGCCUCCUGCAAGAAUCCUCAGGCUAUAGAGAAAAUCUACAACAUUAAAGACAGACCAGCAGAGAAGCCCAUCUGUAUCUGCAUCUCUAGUGUGGAGCAGCUGGUAGCUGCCAAGCCUCCCUUCAGUCCUCUGCUCUGGGAGUUUAUGAGGAAUGUGUAUCCAGGAGGAAUCAGCUGCAUCGUCAGCAAAGGAGACUGGCUCUUCAGGCUCGGAGUGGGCCCAGCUUACGACCGGGUUGGUACCAGGGACAGCAUCAUGAUCCGCGUCCCUGACCACACUGUGACCGGCCACCUUUGUGACAUCACUGGGCCCCUUGCCAUAACCUCAGCCAAUCCCAGUGGAGAGGCAGACAGCACCCACCACAGCAUGGUCAUCAACCGACUGGGACACAAGAUCCAAGGAGUUCUGUGUGAUGGUAAUUCUAAUGAAGUUGUCGCCUCUACUGUGGUCAACUGCCUAAAGAUUGAUGAAGGGACCAUCACCAUUGUGAGGGAAGGCUGUGUCCCUGCAGUUAAAGUCCAACAGAUCUUUGACAGAGUGAAAAGCAGUAUGGUGUGAUUGUGACCUACCUUAUUUCUCUCCUUUCUAAGAGCCUCUUAACACCUGGUUCCCCACAAGAUCUGAUUAAACACCUCCGCUAUAUCCAUUCAACAACCUCUGGGACAUUUUGGGAAAAAAUGAUGAGAAAGAAUGAAAGAAAAAAUGGAGUACAGUUGCUUAUAUUAUGUAUAUGUGUAAAUGUGGAUGUCUUGAUGAAGAAGAAUAUAUCCAUUUGAAGCUCACAAUAUCCUUAAUGGACAAUUAUCAGUGAAGGAUUUAUUUUACAUGAAGUAUCAUUCUGGCAGGGAACUUUAAGAACUUUGACAUUUAUGUUAUUAUUUGAUAAAUAUUAUUGUUUUUGUGAGAUGACUGUUAUACAACUAUAAUCAUUCUGUAAAUAUAUGUUUAUUCAUUUAAGUUAUGCUGUAUGUUGAUGUGAAUUUUGCACUUAUGUUAAUUUUAAGGUUGGAACUGAAAUUUUGUCUUAUGUUACUGUGUGUAUUUAAGCUCAUUGUGUCUUCUUGCACUUAAUAAUUCUGUGAA